UCAUCCCCCCCAACCGCAUCCGAUACCAAUCAGUGGCACAUUUAUCACCCUCCCUAGCAAAAUCCAAUCCAACUUUCAAGAUGCAACACCAAAUCAUCAUCCUGCUGCUGGUCAGUCUUGCCGCGUUCAGUCAGUCGGCAAACCCACAAGUCCCUCAAGUGAAACUUCCAGACAGUUUCACUUGCAAAGCCGCUAUCAAGGGGAAGGAGACCUCUCACACAUUCCAAGCGAAAGAAUGCACGAAGGCGAUCGAUCUUCUCGCAAAGGGUAAAGCUCCCUCUGCAGCGUGUGGCCAGUGUCUUCUUGGUCUCGUGGGCGAAGAUGGCAAUGCCUUCACACCUACCCAUGCACUGGACUCCAACGCUAUCCUGACCAGCGUUAAAAACAUCGCCGACGGCUGCAACAACUCUGCCCAAUCGAAGCCUCACAACCAGAAGCGGGACAACAAGCCAUCGGGCAAUGACAGCAAAUCAUCAGGCAGCGCACCGCCGAAAAUCCAGGUCGUCUUGGGACUACCGAAGGAAAAAGCGCAAUGCUAGGCUUUUCAAAUCUUGUACCAUUGUCCAAGUUGUUACACCAUCAUUCCUUUUGUUUCUCUUUGUUUCGCAUUCUCCUCAGUCUUUUGUUUGAUUGCGGAUCCAGCUUUCUUUGUUGUCCACCUUUUCUCAUCCGGUUAAACCAACUCGCCUCAACUGCAUGUCGGAGCGUGAUCCACUUCAGAGCGCAGCCAAACAAAGCAACUUUUUGUCUUCAUCGGUCAGAUCAACAAUGGUGUGUUCAUCACCACUUGAAGGCUUUCAAUAGUCACACUUCAAGCUCGAACUUGUCCUUUUCACGGCAAAUCAUGAGAGAUUAA